UCUUAUUUUAUAUAUUUUAUUAAAUCGACAUGAACCGACACAACUCGAUUCUACCACUAAUCGAACCAUACCACUUGCUAAACCUAUAUAAUAGCAUCUCCAUCGGUCACUUUUUGCAAUUGCAAAGUGAUGUGGAAUGCUUGCAAAUAUAAUUGCAUUACUGUAGCCCUCAAUUGCACUUUUGCAAUCUUGGAUAUAAUGCAAGUGGAAGUGAAAGCCAAUAUGGCUAUGCUUAUGGGAAGGACAGGUUGUUUUCGUUUUUCUUUUUAUAAAUUUUUUUCAUUUUUGUUUUUUCUUUAUAUGUGGAAUUAAAUCACAUAUGCAAUGGUAAAUGAAUUGCAUUGAUUUAGGUAAAAAAAAAAAGUAAAAUGAGAUGGAUUUACAAAACUAUUGAGUUGGCAACAAAAACAACAAUGGCAAUUGAGUUUGCUAUUGCAUUGAUGAUGCCCACUUUCGAGUUAAAAUUGAGUCGUAGCUUUAUUCGUUCACAUCAUGGUUGUCAUGCCGGUGGCAUGCCGGCCGGUUGAACCAGGUUGAACCGGUACCGGUCAUGAAACCGAUAAGAGGAGUAGGUCAAUACCGGUCAAAACCGGAAAUGCCGGGAGGCAUAAUUCCGGAAGCAAUUGAAGCAAUUGAAGUGACCCUAUUUUUCUGGUUCUUCCCCCUGACCUAGACCUACGCACACUACCAAGUACCAUCCAUCCCACCUCUCCAGUAGGACCCACCUCAACCUUUUCCCUCUCUCUACUCUACUCUUUCUCGUUAUUUGAAUUACCUUUUCUUUCAAUCUAGAUUUCUACGCAGCAUUAAACCAAAUUAGUUACCUUUUUACUUGCUGACUCCACCAUUAUUACCUUUUUGCUUGCAGAUGCCAAAUAAUAACGUUCUUCCAUUUCCUUUUUUUAAGUACUCUCUUCCUUUUCCUUUUUUUCACAUUUUCUUACCUCUUUUGUUGAAACCGGCAUGUACCGGUUAUACCACGGUCGGACCAUUUCAUUUGUGAAACCGGCACACCGGUAUAAACCGGUUUGAAAACCUUGGUUCACAUAGAAAAUGCUAAUUUUCGCCCAUUGAACUCUGUUUUCAGUUUUCACGCGUUUCCAUUUUAGAAAAGGAGAAAGUAAAAAUGCUUUGUGUGUUGUGUCGCUAUGUUUCUCUCUUUUCCCCUCCGGUAAAUGUCUUUCUCUACUGCUGUUAAUUGUACCGUUGGAAACCGCGUCUCCGUUUCCAAAUUUGAGAAGGAAUACUUCUGAUCUCAGGAACGUCCCCAAGCUCCGCUCCUCUUCCCAUUGCCUUAAAUUAGGUCGGCCUGAGACCAUAACUCAUCAGAAAUUCAGAGUUGCGACAUCGGCAAGUAACGAAUCAAACCCAAUUUCUGUAAAAAUCACAAGAAGAUACAUCCUUCCCGACCCAUGAGCCGAACAACGACGGCCGCCGGGGCAAAUCUCCUGGCGAGUGGUUUUCACUACGAUCCCGUCGAAGAAGUCAUGAUCGGCACUGCUACGUUACCUCCCAACCAUCGCUGCCCCGCCGUCAAUCGAUUUCCGGGGACGCCAGGACGAUUUCCCAGGGACCAACUUCGUCAGCGCCGCGAGCCAACUACAAGGACAUGGAGGCGCGAUUCCGAUGUCCUAUUCAUGGCCCCUGCAGUAGGUAAUUUAGGGAACCACUACCCUUUGCAGCAGGGUAGACGCAUCCUCGUCCAGCACGAUCCGGAAGAAGAAAGCAUUCUGAUUUUCGACGCCAUCUCGCCUCCGCCGCGAUUGAGCGAGGAGGCGCCCGAUCUCGCCGCCGACCAGUGGUUCAGGACGACCCCUGCUUCCGACUCUGCGAUUGAAGGGCUGGAAAGGGUGGAAGCCGGCGCUGCGACAGGGGAUUGCAGGAUUUGCUUGGAGGAGAUGGUGGGUGGUAGUGGCGAUGGUGGCGGGACCCAGGAAUUAAUUCGGAUGCCUUGUGCACAUCUGUUCCAUGAGAGCUGCGCCGUUUCCUGGCUGAAAACCUCCAACUUCUGCCCCUUGUGCCGCUUCCAGAUCCCUGCUCCGGAUCGUUAGGUUUUUGUUUUAUUGUUAUUUUGAAACGGUUGGCUGUAGAUUGUUAUUUAGGAAGUUUCUGUAUAGCAAGCUAAUGACUAAUGUAAUGGUGGGUUCGUAGAUUGUUAUUCUGCUAUGAAUUUGUCUUAUUGGAUAACAUUGGAAUUGGAUUGCUUGUUCUCUGAGUUUGUGAGGGGAAUGGGGACAUGAAUCUCGAUUUACUCUGAUAAUCAAUAACCAAAAAUCUCAGCGAAUCAAUUCAUCAAACACCUGGUGUGCAUAGUAGAUUCGGAACCACCACUCACGUCAAGUUACUUUUAAGUUUUAACAACAAACCGGACGGGAGAUAAGUAACUCCCCAGUAGGUUGUUCUCAAUUGGCUGGAUAAAAGGCAUUUGUAGCAAGAUUACGAGGACGAUCAUAUUUGGCAGAGUUAACUUAUGAGCAAUCAAACAAGAUCAUGGACAUGGCCUGGGAGAGCAAGGUAUCCAGGGUUUUUCAAAAACACUUCUACUUAAGCAGGUGAUGCCGAGCGAUUUAAGGGUACAGAGAAUGCAUGAGUCAGUGACAAUAGUUAAGAUGAAGUUUUUUUUCCCCAAGCAAGAUGCAAGAGGGGACAAUGCACAUAAUCAAAGGAACCUUUAGGAUCGUGAGUUCAAUUGUGGUUCAAUUAAUUUGGCUAAUUUGUUUGAUUCCUUAACAAUGCUUAGUGAGUUUGGCUAAGUGGAUUGAUUUGGUCAUAUACUAGACUAACCAAUCUACCAAAUUCUAUUUAUAACAAAGCAGCGUUGGCACAAAUGGUAGGAGUUCCUCUUGGCUUGUGCAAUAUCCGACAAAAUACAAGGAUUGGUAAACGAAACACAUAUUGAUGUAUUUUUACUCGAUGUUAUAAAGAAAUUUAAAUAAAUUUGAUCAUGUCACUUUCAAAAUAAUACGUCAACAUAAUGUGGAAUAGAGAGCUUCGGAGGGGAAAAACAAAUAAUCAAAGUUGCACACCUAGUAGCUCAUACACCAUGUAAAUAGAAUGUUUAAAAGUUAUGGACAUUAGGACUUAUAAACAAUCUAUUCUCUUGUGCAAACUUUCCAAAAUUUAUUGUACGUACAGUUUAAGUAUGAAAAUACCAAGUAUCUAGAUAAAUUGUCACAAAAAAUGCUAAUCAUGUUACUUUUUUAAUGGAAGGAUGGUCUAAUAUGUAUAUUUUUGAAUAAUUUGUGACAUUCUUUUGUUUUUUGGUAUAUUACCAAAGUUACUAUCAUUUAUGAAAAUACAUAUUUAUCUCAUUGUGAUGAUCACACGAAACAUAAAUGGUUCGACUUUCAUUUAUUAAAUUAGUUUCUUCUGGCUAACGAACCAGACUUUAAACUACUAUGGAAAGUAUAGUAGUAAGUAGGAGGUGGAUCAAUUAUCGUCAUGUGUGGUGGGUCUAGUAUUUGAGUAUCAUUAUUAUAGUUUUAUGGAAGACAAAAUCGAUCACAACUCACUUUUUUAUGAGAUUAAUAGCAUCAAAUACUGAAGUAACAAACAUUUUCAAGUGUGCAUAAGAAUUUAUAAUAUUAUUCUGGCUUUAGUUUUAUGAGUGACCAUAUCGAUCAAAAUUUAAAUAAUGGGUAUGGUUUUUU